AUGUUACACGCUGUUGCAACAAGAGCAGAUGUUGGUAUCCCUAAAGCAGAGUGCCUCAAGAAGCAUUUCUCUCUAAUCUUCCCUGAGUGCCAAGUAGAUGCAAAGGUGCUCCUAUAUGAUGUGUCAUCCGAAGAAGAAAUUCUUUCUGGCAACCCUGAUUUUGUUUUGGAUUGCAUUGACAACAUUGACACAAAGGUGGCACUUCUUGCUGCCUGUGUACACGGAGGUCUGAAGGUACUAUCUGCAACAGGAGCUGGUGCGAGAGCUGAUCCAACAAGAAUUCACGUGGCUGAUUUAAGAGAGUCAACAAAUGAUCCAUUAUCUAGAGUUGUAAGACACCGUUUAAGGAAAGAUCAUGCGAUUGAGGGUGGAAUUCCUGUUGUUUUCUCUUUAGAGAAACCUAAAGCUAAGCUGCUUCCUUUUAGAGGACCAAGUGGCAAAGAAGACAACCCUUCAAAUUAUCAAGUGAGGAUGCUUGCUUAUUAUUUCUGCAGUCUCAAAUUUGAUCACUUAAAAUCAAGCAGUGGGGAAAUUGCAUCCGCUAUUUUGCAGCAGAAAUUGGAAUUUAAAAUACAUUUGGAUGGAGCUAAAGCUGUGUUUCUUUUAGAGAGAUAA